CUAUGGUUGCACGAUGCAGAAGCCAUUGCCCUUGGGAUGCAACCCACGGUAAAUAUGUUCCCCAGGAUCCAAAACAUAAAACCGGCCAAAUGCCACUAUCUUUGAGCUCCCCAGACUGACAAUGGGACUGACUCGUUGAGGUUGCCGCCGUUCCCAAGGGAAGUACGACGGAGGAUUGGAUUUCCCAACCGAAAAGUGGGUUUCGAGGGGAGGGACCACUCACUGGGCCGCGGGGCCUCCGCGGCCGGCCAGCUUUUCAGUUGAUUCUCCAUCUCUCCUCACUCAACUGCCGACGGCUCAAAUCACUGCCAACAGAUUCGUGGCAUGUUGGAACAGUCUCGAAUGGCGUAGGACCAUGCUUUGGCUCUGAGAUGUCACGGUGUUGUCCGAUGCCCUCCAAUUUGUUCCUCGAUUACUAAUUCCCCCCCCAAUUCCCUGCCCAAUUGAGGAGGACAUGCCACCAUGAACCCCCCGAGCUCUGGUGCCGCAGCAUCACCGAUGACCGGUGCCAUCCGCACCGAUUCCCGAAAGAAGCCCUCCGGCGCAAUUGCGAAACGAGCUUGCGACCAAUGCAAGUUCCGCAAGAUCAAGUGUAGUCUAUCCCAGCCAUGCCGGGCAUGUGUCUCCAUGGGCUUUGACUGCACCUUUUAUCAACCACAGAAGAAACGGGGCCCCACUGGACAUCGUGUGUCCCAGAUCCGGCAGCAGCAGACCCAACUAUCGGGUUUGAGUGGUGCUCAGAAUCAUGUAGUAGCUUCCAAUCCGCUCCCAGGGGGCUUCACCUAUCAGACGGACUCGUCGUCUCGAGGAGAUGGGGGCUCAGAUACCGUUCAACCAAUGCAGGAUGCUGCACACUGGCCCAUGCAUAGUGAGGGCACUGUCCCCGUUGAGCUUGCUCCUCCCCAGGCACCAGCUCAAAUUGCGCCCGGUUGGAGUGCCGGGGCUUCCCCAAUCGAGUCCCAUAGUACUAGUGGCGUCAGCUGGAAUGAGCGCAACGAUGUGGAGUACUGGCUUCCAGAUACGCUGGAUGCGCAGGUGCCCAUCUUUGAUUUCCCGGGCAGCAACAUCUACUUAAAAACCUCACUCCCAUCUAUCAUACAAACAGAAGCUGCGUCUACAGGCCUGCAGUCACAUCAAGUGGAGGCCGCCAGUGUACCCAUGUCCAGUGCGAAUGUCCUGCAUCCGCAGUCGAACGAGACGAAUACGGUGUGGCCCUCGUCCAUUGUGGAAGCAAACAUGAUUCCCUGGAUUGACGUUUACUUUGAUCGUCUACAUCCGACAUUACCGGUGCUAAACCGAUCAUCACUAUUCAUCCGAAUGCUGUCCCAGGAGCACCGCAGGAACUCGCAAUUCGGUGCAAUGCUUCUUGCAUUGUGUGCAUUUUCUCUUACCCAACCCAUCGAGAUAGACGAGCGACCGACAUCUUCUUCCCGAGCCAGCCAGGCUCGGUCUAUGAUGAAUGAAGCGACCAAGAUGCGAAGCUGUUCUGAUUUCGGGGAACACCCAACGGUUGAGGCCGUUCUUACCAGUUUCUACCUGUUCGGGUGCUUGUUUGGCAGCAAUCAGCACAACGCCGCAUGGCUCCGUCUGAGGGAGGCCCUUGAUCUUGCUGCUACACUGGGACUGAACAAUCCGGAGUCUUACCGAGAUCUUCCCAGUGAUGAAAAGGGGCAACGUUUACGGACAUAUUCGGUUCUGUCAAUCACGGAGAGAGCUUAUGCAUUACAACGAAGACAUCCGAUUACCUUUUGGGGCAGACCGGGAUUUAGUAUGCGACCCGUGCAUGAUUUUAUCCACAGCGCCACCCAUAGUCUAGUCUCUGGCAUCAUUGUUCACAACGAAAAGGACGCCGAAGGAAUGAUGGGACUCGCACGUCUGAUGGAGUUAUUCGAUGCGAUUGAUGAGGAUGUUGUCGAUUGCUGGAACCAGCGGUGCAACGUCAAUACCGGUUAUUGCGAGAAGCUCACAGAAGCCAAGGCUUUGUCGAUUCACCAAAAUCUCAGCCGUGUCAGCGAGUCUGAGCGAUUUAAGGGAUACGACUGGUUUGAACGCUCCAAGUCAGCCCUCGGCGGGAACCAGGGCAACCGGCCGGCGAUAGGUUUAAGGGAAACACAAUGUGCAGAUGUCUUCAUCACGAAAAAAUGGCUUCAGAACCGCAUUUGGGUGCUCUGUUCGACCCAUGGUUUACUACGGCCUGCAUCUGAACGCCAUGAACUUAGCCUCAACUACGCCAUCUCCAUUGCAAAGGAGACACUUGACAUCUGUCGGUCUUUGCGGUUGAGCUCCAUGGAAGCGCAUGGAAUAGGCCUUGUCGAGAAGUUGUACGACAUCGCAGUCGGUGCAAUCAGCGUCUUGUUCAAUGUCCAAAUGCCUCUCGCUAAGGGUAUCACGGUGGCAUCGCCCGCCAGAACGAUGCCAAAUGCCCAGGUUCCAACGGCUGACAGUCAAGCGCUCUCCAAGACCCUAACAGAAGACUUCAUGUUGCUGUUGAACAGCCUGCGAGGUGGAAACCACCCUUUCAUGGAAAAAUACAGAACACUGUUGGGCUCUUUGCACACUACUGGCCAUGCUUGGGGCUCGCAAUAGAUUCCUGGUCUUUACUUCGUCCCAGAAAACCCUUCUAUCUUCUUCUUUUGUGUUCUUACUUCGCAUCUGGCGUUUCGGAGUCAUCAUAUCGGGUUUCUGGCAGGUGUUUAUCUUUUCUUAUCUGUUUGUGGUUUAAGUACAGCUCGAUCGGAUUCAAAAGCA